UGCAGUUAAAGGGCAGUCAUAAAUUAGUAACUCAGCCUAAUCAAGUUUCGCCUUUAAAUAUCUUAGGUUAACAUUCUACCAGACAAAAUUUCACUUAUUUGUUGUUCGAUAUGGAUUGAGGAUUAGAACUACAUUCAACCGUUAGCGUUACAUAGCGAUGUUUGGGCCUCCGUUUUCUAUUAGGUCAGAGACUGCUGCAAAGUCAAAGUCUGGUUUUUUCCGUAGCAUUUACAAUGACCCAUACAAGUGGUCGCUCGUGAAAAGCAUCACAAUGUUCGCCUCUGCGGUUUCUGGUUUUCUGAUCAUACGUGAAGUCUUCAAUGCCCCUACCGAAACUCUGUAGACAGAAAUUUUUGUUAUCAAAAAAAAAUAAAACAUUCUCCUUGUUCGUUUCAGUUCUUGCUACUAUAUCCUUCAGCAUAUAUGUGCUGAAAGGGAUCUAUAUAUUUCUAAACGUGUUCCUCCAUAAACUUUGUCCUUAGGUGUCUAAAGUGUCAAGUACAGUAUGGCCACUGAAAUAGAUUAUGGCAACUCGUUUGACUGUGUUGAGGUUUCCCGGGCGAGAUAUAAGCAGCUAAGAGACCGUCAAUUGAGGCGACGUCGGGUCAUUUUACGACAUCUUCUGAGGAACAGUUCAUUCUCAUUGAGGUUAGAGAACAGCAAUCAACUCAGUCUUACUCUGUCAGAUUUACUUGGCCACCGCAAACCUUCCUACCUACAGUUUGACGAAGAUGUUUGUAGGAAGCGGGCGAUUCUACCAAUUAUUUCUCGUUUAAAAUGCCCAGUGCUUAGUCUUAAGCUUCGUCGUGCAAUACAGUCUUUCCUAGGAGAAUCCGGUACAUUAAAUCAAGAUAAUAAACAAAUCAUACAACAGUGGGAUAAAUUCAGCCUUGAAGUUGUUGGCGACAAAUUAAGACAAACACUGGCAUCUUGUAUAUCAACAAAUACAAACAGUAAUAUAGGAGAUAAAGCUUCAAAUGACGACAAUGUUGUUGGUAAAACAGGAGAUUCUAAUUGUGAUUUGGUCGUCAGAACAUUUACUGGUUCAGCUGCUUUUCUUAAAGGAACUCAAAGUGCUAAUCCACAUAAUGAUUACUGUCAACAUUUUGUGGAUACUGGUGAACGACCACAAAAUUUUAUACGUGAUACCGGUCUGAGAAAUCGAUUUGAAGAAUAUCCUAAAUUACGUGAGUUAAUUCGACUAAAAGAUCAGUACAUUCAGUCAAAGGCUACACCUCCUAUGUAUUUGUGCGCUGACUUACGAACAUUUGAUUUAAAUGAGUUAGAUUCAAAAUUCGAUGUUAUUCUGAUUGAACCUCCUUUAGAAGAGUAUCAUCGAAUGAAUGGUGCUGUAUUUGAUCAAUAUUGGAGUUGGGAUGAGAUUGAACGUUUAGAAAUUGAACAAAUCGCUGCUCCACGUGCAUUUGUUUGGAUAUGGUGUGGGUCAGGUGAAGGUUUGGAUGCUGCUCGAAAAUGCUUACGUAAAUGGGGUUUUCGUCGUUGUGAAGAUAUAUGUUGGAUCAAAACGAAUAUCAAUAAUCCAGGACAUGAAGCUCUUGAACCGAAUUGUGUUUUUCAACGUACAAAAGAACAUUGCUUAAUGGGUAUACAUGGAACUGUUAGACGUUCCACUGAUGGAGAUUUUAUUCAUGCUAAUAUAGACAUUGAUCUGAUCAUUGAAGAAGCUCCUCCACAAGGCAGUUAUGCUGCUAAAGAUAAACCAACCGAAAUUUUUCACAUUAUUGAACAUUUUUGUCUUGGAAGACGAAGAUUACAUUUAUUCGGUAGAGAUAGUACAUUAAGACCCGGUUGGGUGACAGUAGGUAAUGAACUAUCUGCAUCGAAUUAUGACCCGCGUAUAUAUGCUAAUAAUUUUAAUAAAGACCCUAAUGGAUUGUUGCUAGGAACAACUGAAGAAAUUGAGCGAUUACGACCGAAAUCUCCACCACCACGUCAUACAAACCCGAAUACUGCAACAGGUGCUCCCAACACAAUUUCUUCGCUUUCAGAAGUUAUACCUGGUCCUGCUUUGCCUACUGGACAUAUACCUCAUUCAAUAGCUUCGACAUGUUCUGUUAGUAAUUCUGUUGUAUCGAAUAUCACUUCCAUUCCUGGCAUUUCUGGCCACCCUAUACGAAGAUUUAAUGCUACAAAUGUAAUUAAACCUCUCAAUUCUAUUGGGUCAUUAACUAAUUCUUCACUUUUGGGCUUACCAUCAGUUUUACAAAGUGUAACUAAUCGAAUUGGUCCCAAUACGAGGCUUAAUACGCGUACACCGAUUAAUGCAUUGUCAACUUCUAAUUCUCCACGAGCACUUGCUGCAUUACAGGUUGCUGCAGCUGCUCAUCAAAGCUCUAUUCAUCAUUCACAUGAUUCUCCUCUAUGGUCAACUCCAAAUAAUUUUUCCGUUGCGUUGGCUGCUGCAGCAGCAACUCACAAUUUACCUCUUGCAUCAGCAUUGAAUUCCUUAAAUUCAAGGACUCCUAUUUCUGAUUCACAUUUACUUCCUGGACUUACCAACGCUAAUAAACUGAAUCCUACUCUGUUAGCAAUGUUAAAUUCUUCAAAUCCCGUUGGACCAGUAGGUCUAUCAUUACUGAGUAGUAUUAUUCGAAAUAAUGUUUCUGGAAAGCAUCCUAAUAAUCCAUGGCAUUGAAUCUUGAAUGAUAUUACUCUUUUUUGAAGUUAUGUAUCAUUAUUUUGAUGUUAACUGUUAUAUUUUCAUUUAUAUCCCAACCAAAUAACAAGAAACUUACUUACAACUGUUACUCCUCGUGAAGGAACAUAGGUCGUUCAACAGCAUUCUCCAUCCAACCCUGUCCUGGGCAAUUCCUUCCAGCUCCUACCAGUCAUCAUUCAUCCUUUUCAUAUCUGCUUCGAUUUCCCGACGUAAUGGGUUCUUUGGUCUUCCUCUUUUCCGCUUCCCUUCAGGAUUCCAAGUUAGGGCUCACCUCGUGAUGCGGUUUGAUUAUUUGCGUAAUGUAUGUUUUAUCCAUUUCCAUCGUCUUUCCCUAAUUUCUUCUUCAGCUGGAAGCUAGUUUGUUCUCUUGCACAGAAGGCUGUUGCUGAUGUUAUCCGGCUAAUAGAUGUUGAGUAUCUUGCGUAGAAAACUAUGCUUAAAUAGUUGUAUCUUCUUGAUGAUGGUUGUAGUAGUCCUCCAAGUUCCAGCUCCACACAGUAGGACCAUCUUUACGUUCGUAUCGAAGAUUCUGACUUUGAUAUUGGCUGAAAGUUGUUUUGAGUUCCAUAUGUUCUUCACUUGUAGGAAUGCGGCCCUUGCUUUGCCCAUCUGAUCCUCCUUGUUCAUCGAUGAUACUUCCCAGGUAUGUGAAGGAUUCUACAUCUUCCAGAGUUUCGCCAUCAAGAGUGAUUGGAUUGCUGUUCUCCGUGUUGUAUUUGAGGACCUUGGUCUUCGCCUUUUGUAUGUUGAGGCCUACUGAUGCAGAGACUGCUGCUACACUGGCUGUCUUGAUCUGCAUUUGUUCGUGUGUAUGGGAUAGGAGGGCUAGGUCAUCUGCGAAGUCCAAAUCGUCUAUUUGUUUCUGAGCUGUCCAUUGUAUACCGUGUUUUCUCUCAGAUGUGGAGGUCUUCAUAAUCCAGUCGACCACCAGAAAAAUGAGGAAGGGGGGAUGUAAACAGCUUUGUCUGACUCUGAUGCUUACUUGGAAUGGACCUGUCAGUUGCGCUCCACGCACGACUUUGUAGUGUAGUCCGUCGUAUGAAUUCCUUAUAAUGUUGACAAUCUUCUCAGGAACUCCAUAGUGUCGAAGAAGUUUCCAUAACGUUCUCCUAUCUACACUGUCAAAUGCCUUUUCAUAAUCAAUGAAGUUGAUGUAUAGUGACGAGUUCCACUCAACUGAUUUUUCGACGAUGAUCCGUAGUGUUGCAAUUUGGUCUGUGCAUGAUCGAUCCUUACGAAAUCCAGCUUGUUGAUCUGGAAGUUGGGCGUCUACUGCACCUUUCUGUUGAAAACUUUCCCUGGUAUUUGACAGCAGUGUAAUGCCUCUAUAGCUUUCACAUUUGCUCAGAUCUCCUUUCUUUGGAAUCUUGACGAGGUGCUCUUCUUUCCAGUCCAUCAGCACUUGUUCCUCCUGCCAAAUCUUUUUGAAUAGGAAGUGAGGCAUGUUUGUAGUUAUUUCGAUGUCUGACUUCAGUACUUCAGCUGGUAUGUUGUCGGGUCCUGCUGCUUUCCCGUUCUUAAUUUUUCUGACGGCCAUUCUGAUUUCUUCCUUCGUUGGUGGGUUGACGUCUACGGGAAGAUCUGUGUAUGCCGCUUCGAUGUCCGGUGGAUUCAUUGUUGGGUGCUCAUUACCCAUUUGAUCCUUGAUUUCUUAGCCCUGUGGGUACAUAAUAGAUACACCAACAUUCAUGUAAAAACACAUGGUAGAAAAUAAAUCCUC